AUGUAUUCUGGGCAGAGGGAACAGCGUGCACAAAAAUCUAGAGCCUACCUUCAAGUUACCUGUUGCCUUUCCCCUCCAAGACCGCUCACGUACACCUUCAAUGUCAACAGCCACAGGACAGUCACCUGCCACCUCCAGAUAGUCCUUAAUGGACCUCAAAUUGGUUUCAUAAAUACCAGAGGUGAAAGGCUGCGCUCUCUUGAGUCAAAUGCAGUCAACAAGAGCAUCACCAAGAGUAGACACACCCGGAGCAUAGACCUCAAGCCAAUGCCUAUUGAUUGUGAACAGUCCAGCUGGUCCUCCUGGACCACAUGUGAUCCCUGUCAGAAGAAAAGAUACAGACACACCUACUUGCUCCGGCCUGCUCAGUUCUAUGGGGAACCAUGCAGCUUCUCGGACAAGGAAAUUGAAGACUGUGUUACCAAUAAACCAUGCAGAAGUCAAGUGCGGUGUGAAGGCUUCAAGUGUGCACAGACAGGCAGAUGUGUAAACCGCAGGCUUCUCUGCAAUGGUGACAACGACUGUGGAGAUGGGUCAGAUGAAGCAAACUGUAAAAGGGUUUAUAAAAAAUGUCAUCAUGAGAUGGACCAAUAUUGGGCAAUUGGCAGUCUGGCCAGUGGGAUAAAUUUGUUCACAAACAGUUUGGAGGGCCCAGUCUUUGAUCACCGGUAUUAUGCUGGCGGAUGCCUCCCCCAUUACAUACUGAACACAAAGUUCAGAAAGCCAUACAAUGUGGAAAGCUACACCCCCCAGACCCAAGGCAAAUAUGAAUUUGUGCUGACUGAAUAUGAAUCGUACUCAGAUUUUGAACAUAAUGUCACCGAAAAAACAAGUAGCAUGUCUAGUUUCAGCUUUGGUUUUAAAAAGGCUGGAAUAUUUGAAUUUGGCUUUAGUGAGACAGAUGCUAACAACAAACAUUUUAUUAGCAGAACCAAACGAUUCUCUCAUACCAAAAGCAAAUUUCUGCACGCGCGCUCUGACCUUGAAGUAGCGCAAUACAAGCUGAAGCAGAGAGGCCUCAUGCUCCAUUAUGAAUUUCUUCAGAGAGUCAAGCAGCUGCCCCUGGAGUACAGUUACGGGGAGUACAGAGAUCUCUUCCGCGAUUUCGGGACCCACUACAUCACGGAGGCCGUGCUCGGGGGCAUUUAUCAGUACACACUCAUUAUGAACAAGGAGGCCAUGGAGAGAGCAGAUUAUUCUCUUCAUGAUGUCCAGGCCUGUGCUAAACAUGGUUUUGCAAUUGGUGCUGCCAUUGAAGAAGUCUCCAUCAAGCUGGGUGUAUCAGUGGGCACAUGCAAGGGUAUUCUGAAUGAAAUAAAAGACAGAAACAAGAGAAAUACGAUGGUGGAAGACUUGGUGGUCCUCGUUCGGGGAGGGGCAAGUGAGCACAUCACUACCCUGGCAUACAGGGAGCUGCCUACUGUAGAGUUGAUGCAGGAGUGGGGCGACGCGGUGCAGUACAACCCAGCCAUCGUCAAAAUUAAGGCAGAGCCUCUGUAUGAACUGGUGACAGCCACAGACGUUGCCUACUCCAGCACCGUAAGGCAGAACAUGAAGCAGGCCCUGGAGGAGUUCCAGAAGGAAGUCAGCUCCUGCCACUGUGCUCCCUGCCAAGGGAAUGGAGUCCCUGUCCUGAAAGAAUCUCGCUGUGAAUGCAUCUGUCCUGUUGGAUCCCAAGGCUCAGCCUGUGAGGUCACACAGCAGCAAGAUGUCCCCAUUGAUGGACAGUGGACUUGCUGGUCAAACUGGUCUCCAUGUUCUGGAGGACAUAAAACGAGACAAAGACAAUGCAACAAUCCACCUCCUCAAAAUGGGGGCAGUCCUUGCUUGGGUCCUGCUUCAGAAACACUGAACUGUUGAGAAGGGAGAUUUGCUAACAGUUGGUACUAUUGUGGGCUGCACACAGAGAGAGCUCUGAUCCCUUAGAAUAUUGGGCCAGUUCACCCCUACACCAGCACCACCCAGGGCUGAACCAAAAGUGAAGGACUGUGUUGUUCAGUGUUUAAAAUAAAGAUGUCAU